UGGAAUUGAAAAGAGAGAUUAGAUAGCCUCAACUGAGGGGCUUCUCUUUGAGAGAAUCGUAUCUCACACCAAUUAGAUUCCAAUUAGAUUCAAGAGACAUGGCCAUUAACCAUGAAACUUGGGCUUUCGUUUUCGGCCUUCUAGGCAACGUGAUCUCCUUUAUGGUGUUCCUCGCUCCAUUACCGACUUUUUACCAAAUCUACAAGAAGAAAUCUACAGAAGAGUUCCAAUCACUACCUUAUGUUGUUGCAUUGUUCAGUUCAAUGCUUUGGAUCUAUUACGCACUCGUCAAAAAGGAUGCUAGCCUCCUUCUCAUUACUAUUAACUCCUUUGGAUGUGUGAUAGAGACGAUAUACCUUGCAAUCUUCCUAAUUUACGCCCCAAGCAAAACCAGGCUUUGGACCAUCAAGCUUCUUCUCAUGUUGAAUGUUUUUGGAUUCGGAGCGAUGCUUCUUUCAACCCUCUACCUUACAACAGGAUCCAAACGUCUUACUGUGAUAGGAUGGAUUUGCCUUGUUUUCAACAUAAGCGUUUUUGCUGCUCCUCUAUGCAUUAUAAAACGUGUCAUAAAGACGAAGAGCGUGGAAUUCAUGCCUUUCAGUUUGUCCUUCUUUUUGACCAUAAAUGCUGUCAUGUGGUUCUUCUAUGGCCUUCUCCUCAAGGACUAUUACGUCGCUCUACCAAAUACGCUUGGGUUUCUAUUCAGCAUAAUUCAGAUGGUGUUGUAUUUGAUUUAUAGAAACGCCAAGACACCUGAUCUGCCAAUGAAAUUGCAAGAACUAAAUAGUCAUACUAUUGACGUUGGGAAGCUGAGCAGAAUGGAACCCUCUGAGCCGAAUCAUGUAACAAAAAAUGGUACUUUAACUGAAAGAGAAAUCUGAAGAACAUCAUGAAUUCCGCUGGCAAUGUGUGAUUAAUUAACCAAUGAACAAGUCCAAAGAGCAAGAAAGAAAAAAAAAACAAAAAAAAGGGAUGCAAAAAUAUUUAACCUAAAAGUACAAUCACUCUACUUGGUCAAGUGGGGCCUCUUCUCAACCCAAGAACAGUACGUGUACUUUGGAGUUUAGGGUUCUUCUUUUAAUUAAUGUAUUUGCAUCAGUUUGUAGCUGUAAUAUUUUAAGUGGUUAGUUAUUAUGUUAGCAUUAUCAUCUCUUUGGCCUCUUCCAUCAUAUUCAGACUUUAGUAAAACGUGAAACAUUAGUAUCUUCAAUUCUCUUGUUUCAGUGUGUCGCUCAGUCAACCUCAUAAUAAAUUUUCUCUUUUCGUUGUACGCGUAAUCUAUGAUCAUGUAGUGGGAAUUAAAUAUUUUAUAA